CUCUAGGUGACUUAGCGCCGCCAGUCUGAAGCAGGUGUUCAACAUGGCGAUCUCGGGACUCGGAUCUCACUCUAUUUCACUCUUUUUCUACAUGAUUUUAGCAACGUUUCUGCAUAAAGGAACUACUCAGACCAUAUCAGCGCAGGGUCAGAACCUGGUGACAAAUAAUGUCUCUGUGGUCGAGGGCGAGACAGCCAUCAUCAGCUGUCGAGUGAAAAACAACGACGACUCCGUCAUCCAGCUGCUCAACCCUAACAGACAGACCAUCUACUUCAGAGAUGUUAGACCCUUGAAGGACAGCCGGUUUCAGCUGGUUAACUUCUCAGACAAUGAGCUGCUGGUGUCGUUGUCCAACGUGUCACUCUCGGACGAGGGACGGUAUGUUUGCCAGCUCUACACGGACCCCCCGCAAGAAGCCUACGCAGACAUCACAGUCCUGGUUCCACCAGGCAACCCAAUCUUAGAGUCCCGUGAGGAAAUUGUGAGUGAGGGGAAUGAGACGGAGAUAACCUGCACUGCUAUGGGCAGCAAGCCGGCCUCCACCAUCAAAUGGAUGAAAGGGGACCAACCACUGCAAGGUGAGGCGACUGUCGAGGAGUUAUACGACAGGAUGUACACUGUCACCAGCCGGCUCAAACUCACCGUCUCUAAGGAGGAUGAUGGAGUGGCCAUCAUCUGCAUCAUUGACCACCCAGCCGUGAAGGACUUCCAGGCCCAGAAAUACCUGGAAGUGCAGUAUAAACCAGAAGUGAAGAUUGUAGUGGAGUUCCCAGAGGGCUUAACCAGAGAGGGGGAAAAUCUCGAGCUAACAUGCAAAGCAAAAGGCAAACCACAGCCUCAUCAAAUUAACUGGCACAAAGUGGAUGAUGAUUUCCCCUCCCACGCCGUGAUUACUGGCACUGAUCUCUUCAUCGAAAACCUUAACAAGUCCUACAACGGAACAUACCGCUGCGUGGCAUCUAACUUAGUGGGAGAAGCUUAUGAUGAUUACAUCCUUUAUGUGUAUGAUGUUCACACCACAACCCCCUCACCCACCACUACCACCAUCCACCCUGACGCUUCCCAAGAUUCAAGAGCAGAUGGAGUGCAGCAGAAAAUUGAUCAUGCCGUCAUUGGUGGUGUCGUCGCCGUGGUUGUGUUUGCCAUGCUGUGUCUUCUGAUCGUUCUGGGCCGAUACUUCUCAAGACACAAAGGUACCUACUUUACUCACGAAGCCAAAGGAGCGGACGACGCCGCAGACGCCGACACUGCCAUCAUCAACGCAGAGGGUGGACACAACAACUCAGAUGACAAGAAGGAAUACUACAUUUAACUCUGACUAGACCUGCUAGCUUUCUGUGCUGAACAGCAAACUGUGGACUACUGGGUUAGGAGGAGGGGAUUUGCGGGAUUCAAUCAGGCUGGAUUUACACCUGCGCAGCUGAAGAGACGGAGAAGAGAAGGUGCUGUCAUCAAGUCAGAUGGGGUGUGGGAUGGCAGAGCACAAGGAGAGCUCAAUUUAAGAUGGCUUCACCAUCCAACACCUCUCGCUGGGGCUGGUUUUGUUCCGUUUUAAACAUUUGCUAAAAAUGUUGUGCCUUGUUCUGUUCUUAAUGAAGUUUCCACUUUCAUCAGGACACUUACAAGCUUCAUACCGUCUCUUGAAUGGUCAAAACCCAGAGUGAUUUGCUUUAUUAGUAUUUUUGUUUCAACUGCCAGUACAUCAAUACAUUUUAAGCUCUCUCUCUCUCCCUCUCAUGCUGUUCUGUCUGCCGGUUUGGAAGAAAGCCACACACAAAGUUUAAAAAUACGGUUCAGUCACAGAACGAUCGCUUGAGUUGUUUUCAUGGAUUGGUUCCAAGUAAUUUAUUUGGCAAAUUGCCUGUUGUUCUCUUAAGUCCCUCAGAGAAUGAGAUAGAAAUGAUAGAAACUUUUUUUGUGUGUGACCAACAUAGCUACAAAGCAUUCAGCAGCAUUACUGUGUUGUUGCAUUAUUUAUUAGAUAUAUUGUAUGUGUUUCGAAUCGGCUUGUAUUGAUAUUCUUUCUGGCUUGCGUUGCAUCAUCCAUAUGUGCCCCACUCACAUACUAAUUUACUAGUAAUGACUCCCAAGCGUUAAAAAUGAAUGCCAAAGCAAAGAACAGCAAAAUGGCCCUGGUUUAGCUGCGUAGAAAAGUUUUCAAAGAUGAAAGAUAUCCCCAAAUAAAAUAUAUCUAUCAGAUUGUAAAAUAGAUUGAAUUUCAAGCCUUUUUCAUUAAAUUCAGUUUGAUGUGGAGGUCAGCGAGUUUUGCUAAAUGUUGUUAGUGCUUCUGUGUGCUUUUCAUAGUAACAUAAAAAUGUUUACUAAAUGAAAUAGUUAAAGCCUGUAUGUGGUAAGCCAUACCACCAUUUGUGCCCCCAAAUACAUUUCAGUUACAAUUGAUUCUUUCAAUACAGCUCAUUUGUAGAUGCCUGACUGAAUGUAAUGACUCUACAAUAAUGCAAUAGUUUCAAAAUGUGUGACCUGAAUGUUGUGUUCGCUAUCUCAUUAUGCAGCAACAUACUUUAAUUUUGAUGUGAUAUGUUGGUGUGUGUAAGAGGUACAGAGGCACAGGGGCAGGUAUUUUGUUGGAUCACUCAUAAGUGUAUUACAAAAGUCUACAUUUUAACUUGAGAUUAUUACAUUAUUGUAGAGUUAGUAUAUAGUUAGUAGUUUAUUCCAUUAUUAGUCAUUCCAGGCAUUAUUUUUUCUCAUCUUUGGCCUUCAUUUAUUGUCUAGACAGUUGGGACAGAUAUACAUUAUACGUGAUUAACUAUGUGAAGGAUGUAUUGGGACAUUUUGCAGUAAUGCUGACAGUACGGUUAACAUUGUAAAAUCCUUGUUUGGUCUUAGCGAUUACAUGAAUUUGUGUAUCAAGUGCUUCUUUUUUGUUCAUUUGUUGCUUUAUCUUUUAUCCUUAGUGUUAUUCCAGAGAUUAUCUGAACAGAACCUGGUGAGCAUUAUUUAGAUUUGAAAACGCUAAUAAAUUAUGGUAUAUUUGUUCAAGGCUAUCAUAGCUGAUGCCAUUUUAUGCUUGGUUAUUCGGAAAGAAACGUGUUUUAAAUGUCAUUGUAUGUUGUACAGAAUUUUGUGGUUUUAUAAAGCAGUGGUAGAUUUAUUUACACAUAUCAUGUCUUGAGUACAAUGCCUUCAUCAUUAAACUGAUUAAGAGUGUAACAGGGAAAUAAAAGCUGAAGUAACAUCAUGCCCCCCCCCCCACCUGGCCCCAAUUACAUCAUUUCAAUGACAAAAUUAUCACUGUGUGCACCCAACUGACAUGCCAAGCAUGUGCAGAAUAUAUUUAUAAAUAUGUAUAAAUGUAUACUAUUAUCAUAUUGCUCAUUUAACAUCAUUGUAAUGACAUGAAGCUAUUUCCAACUUUCACAUCAUGUCAAAUAAGGAGUGAGGGCUGCAGUCAAGCAAUCAUACAAUGACUGGUUUCUUUAUGGUGAUGUUUAUGUGCUAAAUAUAGUUUCUGCAAAGGAUGCACAGAUGAUUUCCACAAUAAAAAAUGGGUUGAUCCCACUGCUAGCUGAUAUAAACCUUAAUAGCCAGAGCACUAAUUCUUCCUUUUUCUUGAAUAUUUAACUUUUAAAUGGAUAGUUCAUCCAAAAUUAAUAGGAUGUGGUUAUUUGUUGAUCCUCAUGUUUUUCAAAACCUGUACAACUUGGAACACUAAAGAAGUUAUUUUGAAGAAUGUUCAAGUUGCUCUUUUUUCCAUCCAUUAAAAGUGAAAAAUGACUGAGGCUGUCAGUCCCUAACAUUCUGCGUAACAUCUCCUUUUGUAUUCCAAGGAAGAAAGAAAGUCAGACAAGUGUGGAACAACAUGAGGCGGAAUAAAUGAUUACAGAUAUAUCCCUUUAAAUGUCAAGUGAUCUAAAUCUGGCCAAACCUGAUUUAAACACACACACAUGCAAAACACAUACCUUCAGUUUGAUUUUGCCCUGUCUCAGGUCUGCCUAUGAAUUUGUUUUUGCAUCUCAGGUAGAAUGCAAAAGUGAUGCCCAUAUCAGAAAGAAAAGAACUUUAAGUUAUUAUCAGAAAACACACAGAAUAGAGCAUGUUCCAUUCGACAUGUUUUAUCAGUAUUUUAAAUGCUGUGCACUGUGUAAAUGUUGAUAUUACUUUGUAAAGAUAUGUCACAGCAAAUUAUAGGUUUAUUUAAAGAGAAUAAAUCUAAAGAGUGAAUCUUAGUGCAUACUGUUCAUUUACAGUUAAUUAUUUUCGGUUUUAUGCCAUCUGUAUUACCCAGAGAAAGCUGAUUUUCAUUGUUUCCAUUUUUUUUUUGUGUGUGUGUCACAUAUUUUGUCUGAUCUCUGUAGUUUGUAUUCUUGUGUAAUUAAAGAUACUUACAUGUUCACUUUGUAUUUGAUCAUGAAAAUACAUUUUUACAGAAAGUGAGCAGUACUGUCUUAAUAAAA